GGCCAUUUUACUUUACUUCCUCACCUCCUCCCCCAUCUCUGUUCUAUAGAAGAAACUGGCAUCCAAACCCCGUAAGAUGGACUUUUUGGAAACACUAGUCUACCAUCUUCUUGGUCCGCUGGCUUUCUGAAUAAGGUCACAUUCCUUGCCUCAGCCCCUCGUCUCCGAUUUAUUGGCCUGUCGUGCGGCCAGCAGAGCGAGCUUGGACUUGGUAAGAAAUUUGGCUUAGCCAGCAAGGAGCCUUGCUGCUCGUGGCUAGCUGGCCCCUCUCAGGAAACAUUGGAGCAAGGCCUUAGCAGCUGCCAGGACCACCUGUCCUGAGGAUCUUCCCUUCAAAAUUCGCUGAAGCGGCACCAGCUACUCCAGUGCCUGGCAGAUGAAGCAAGGAACCGACCAACUUCUGCGAGUCGAUGGACUCGAUUUUGUCGGGAUAAGCCAACUUGUUUGAUUGGAGUACCCUGUUGGAGGGGGAAUUGUUGUUGGACUCUACCUGAUUUGGAACCGUAUCGUUGGGAGCUAGUUCACUGGUUUUGUAGGAAAGAAGCUGGCAUCCAAACCCCAUAAGAUGGUUUUUUUUUGGAGACAUUAGUCUGAUAUCUUCAGGGUCUGCCGCCUUUCUGAAUAAAGUCAUGUUCCUUGCCUCAGCACCUCGUCUCCGAUUUUGGCCUGUCGUGCAGCGAGCAGAGCGAGCUUGGACUUGGUAACCCUUUCAAGUCUCUGGACUCCGACAAAUCUAGCGGGAAACCUGCUGCUACCAGUUAUCGUUGCGAGAGGCAUAAUUUCUGUGUCUGCAGUUAUGCCUGAGUCAAACACCCUCCUUCCAGCUGGCUAUGCCUUUGAGAUGGAAAUCAGAACAAAGUGAGAAGGCAUUGACUACUAGAGAUGUCAAUAAAGGAAAUACAAAGAAGAAAGAAAAGAAAAAAGGAAGUUGAGUUCUCUUAUAGGCCCCAGCAUAGAACUUAUACCAUUCUGUCGUUUACCAGCUGGGUGAACUUGCAGAAGCCACGUCACCAUUCUGAGACUCAGCUCGUCAUUUAUUAAACGCAAGCUGCCCGGGGAGCACGAGAGAAUUGACAAGAACAGACACCGUUGCAGCCCACAGGCAUGCCUGACUGCACUUGAGUCGGAUCGCUAGGACGCAGCCUCCGCUUCAACUAUUUGUGGCCGAAAAAAAGGAAAGGAGACUAGAAACGGCAUUGCAAGUGGUGUUCCUGAAAGGAAAACACAGGCGCUCCAGAAGGAGGGGAGGAACAGCCCAGCUGGUGUGUGCAUUUUUUUUUAAAGGAGAAUCCCUCAGGGUCCUGUGAAAUCAGGCAAGCAAUUCACCACUGCUCACGAGUCCACGUAUAUUCUUACCAUGGACCACUUCUCUUUCCAACAAAGUGGAUGAUCAGGUACUGCAUGAAGUUAUGUGGAAAUGAAAGCGAUUCACGAAACCCCUCCUCCAAGAGUGAAUGAAUGUCUUUCAUAAAUGGAGCUUGGCUUCUGGUUUUCCCAGGACACUGACAUUGUGGCAGAGACACAGCGGCUCUUCCUGCUAUUUUCAGUGAUUCACAGAACAUCUGAACAGUGAUGCUGGCCUUGGAUUUACAGAUUUCCAUCCUGACACCUUAUUUACUUCUUUGGGGCAGAAAAGCUUGCACUAAUUGCUCUCCAUGGUGGCUAAUCUUUUCAAGAGCCUGAUUUUACCUUACAUCCAUAAGCUUUGCAAAGGAAUGUUUGCAAAGAAAUUGGGAAAUACAACCAAAAAAAAAGAGAAUCGUCAGCUGAAAAAGGAUCAAGACAUUCUUAUUGCUGGCCAGACCAAACCCCCUAAAUUUUCUAACACCUUGAAAAGCACUGUAAAGAAGAUUGCAAAGUGUUCAUCCGCUCGCAACUUAUCCACUAAAGAAGACAAGGCUAACAAAGAAUUUUCCCUCUCCCCAACGUUCAGUUACCGAGUAGCUAUUGCCAAUGGCCUCCAGAAAAAUAUUCAUAUAACCAGUGGUGAGAAUGAGGAUAUCCUUCAGGAGUUAUCUUCCAUCGAGAGUUCCUACUCAGAAUCACUCAGUGAACUAAGGAGUAGUACAGAAAACCAGGCACAGUCAACACACACGAUGCCAGUUAGACGCAACAGGAAGAGUUCAAGCAGCCUGGCACCCUCAGAAGGGAGCUCCGAUGGGGAACGCACUCUGCAUAGCUUAAAACUAGGAGCUUUACGCAAACUGAGGAAAUGGAAAAAGAGUCAAGAGUGUGUCUCCUCAGAUUCAGAGUUGAGCACAGUGAAGAAAACCUGGGGAAUCAGAAGCAAAUCUUUGGACAGAACUGCCCGAAACCCAAAGACCAGUGCCCUGGAGGCCGGAUUCAGUUCCUCUGGCUGCAUUAGCCAAACACAGGAUGUCAUGGAAAUGAUCUUUAAGGAACUUCAGGGAAUAAGUCAGAUUGAAACAGAACUUUCUGAACUCCGAGGGCAUGUCAAUGCCCUCAAGCAUUCUAUCGAUGAGAUCUCCAGCAGCGUGGAGGUUGUACAAAGUGAAAUUGAGCAGCUCCGUACAGGGUUUGUCCAGUCUCGGAGGGAAACCAGAGACAUCCAUGAUUAUAUUAAACAUUUAGGUCACAUGGGUAGCAAGGCAAGCCUGAGAUUCUUAAAUGUGCCCGAAGAAAGAUUUGAAUACAUUGAAAGUGUAGUGUACCAAAUUCUCAUAGAUAAAAUGGGUUUUUCAGAUGCACCAAAUGCUAUUAAAGUUGAAUUUGCUCAGAGGAUAGGACACCAAAGGGAUUGCCCCAAUGCAAAGCCUCGACCCAUCCUUGUGUAUUUUGAAACCCCUCAGCAAAGGGAUUCCGUCUUAAAAAAAUCAUAUAAACUCAAAGGAACAGGCAUCGGAAUCUCGACAGAUAUUCUUACUCAUGACAUCAAAGAAAGAAAAGAGAGAGGGAUACCAUCCUCCCAGACAUAUGAGAGCAUGGAUAUAAAGCUGUCUACUCCAGAGCCCAAAAUCAAGAAGAACAGUUGGCAGUCACCUGAUGACAGUGAUAGAGAGCUGGAAUCUGACCUCAAUAGAAACAGUUAUGCUGUGCUUUCCAAGUCAGAGUUUCCAACAAAAGGAAGUGCUUCCAAGUCAAGUUCAAAAUCACACAAUGCUAGAGCCAAGAAUAAAACUUCUAGUAGCAGCAGGAUUGCAAAUAAAUCAGAAUAUGAUAAAAUUUCCUUGUAUUUGCCAGAAUCGGAUAACUUGGCAAAGCAAACCACAACCUAUUAUGCAGACGCAACACCUCUCUGGCACUCACAGAGUGAUUUUUUCACCACUAAACUUAGUCGUUCUGAGUCAGACUUUUCCAGAUUGUGUCAAUCUUAUUCGGAGGAUUUUUCAGAAAAUCAGUUUUUCACUAGAACUAAUGGAAGCUCCCUCCUGUCGUCUUCAGACCGGGAACUUUGGCAGAGGAAACAGGACGGCACGCCUACCUUGUAUGACAGCCCUCAGGAUCAGUGUUUGAAUGGGGCUUCUCAGGGUGUCCAAGUACAGAGUGAAAUUGAGAACGCAGAAACUGUGGACAGUGGAGUGAGUAAUAGCAUGGUGUGUGCAUCUGGAGACCAAAGUCACUACAGUGAUUCUCAGCUCUCUUUACAUGAAGAUCUUUCUCCAUGGAAGGAAUGGAAUCAAGUAGAGCAAGGAGCUGAUUUAGGUUUAGAUUCAUCCACCCAGGAAGUUUUUGACUAUGACACAAACAGUCUAUCUGAUCAACAACUAGAUGUUUACCAUAAAGACCUAGAAGACUUGGGAAAGUGCCACAGUGUCCUUCACGAGGACUCUGAGAGCUAUGAUUUAACCCAAGAUGACAGCUCAUCUCCAUGCCCUGGGUUGGAUAAUGAACCACAAGGACAGUGGGUUGGCCAAUAUAAUUCUUAUCAGGAAGCUAAUUCUAAUGAGCUGUACCAAAACCAAAGCCAGUUGUCCAUGAUGUAUCGAAGUCAAAGUGAAUUGCAAAGUGAUGAUUCAGAGGAUGCCCCACCCAAAUCUUGGCACAGUCGAUUAAGCAUUGACCUUACUGAUAAGGCUUUCAGCUUCCCAAAAUUUGGAUCCACACUACAGAGGGCUAAAUCAGCCUUGGAAGUGGUAUGGAACAAAAGCACACAGAGUCUCAGUGGGUAUGAGGACAGCGGCUCUUCCUUAAUUGGGAGAUUUCGAACAUUAUCCCAGUCAACUGCAAAUGAGUCAAGUACCACGCUUGACUCUGAUGUCUACACAGAGCCUUAUUACUACAAAGCAGAGCGUGAGGAGGACUAUAGUGAACCAGCGGCUGAUAAUGAAACAGAUUAUGUUGAGGUGAUGGAACAAGUCCUUGCUAAGCUAGAAAACAGGACUAGUAUUACUGAAUCAGAUGAACAAAUUCAGGAAUAUGAUCACCCUUCAUAUGAAACACCUUAUGAAACCCCACAAGAUGAGGGUUACGAUGGGCAGGAAGAUGAUGUGGCUAGUGAAGGGGGAUUGGAACCCUUAAAGGAAACAUCAGCUGAAAUGAAAAUAAAAGAAGAUGAAAACCAAAACAUCCCUGAAAAGCCCCUGGAAAUCAUAAAGCCAAAGAAGAUUCGUCCCUCCUUCAAAGAAGCAGCUUGGAAAGCCUAUAAGAAGCAAAUGGCAGAAUUGGAAGAGAAGAUCCUGGCUGGAGGCUCGAAUAGUAAGUGGCAGUGAUUUGGAUGCUUCCCAGUUCUCUGCACUUCAGGCGUUUGGUGGGUAAGUACAUUCAUAACCUCUCUAAUUCAUUCCAUUCAUCAGUGGUUCUCAACAUAUGUAUUUUGAAUGCAGAAUGUUGCAUGAUGGCAUAAUUAGCUU